AUUUUUUCAAAGAAACAGCCAGGGUCAAAAUCCGAAUAAUGCCCUUGCCCCAUUUGUAAAUUCAUUUCUUCCAGCAUAGUGCUCCCUAUCACGGCAGAGCCAUGUCUGGCUUCGAGAUUUUCGGCACCAUCGCCGGGGUGCUUGGGGGCUUCAAAGGCGUAGUGGAUGGCUACAAUCUACUCGUCGACAUGUUCGCCUCCGACACGGAGAUAGACUCCGUGGCGACUGCGUAUAACGUCGAAAGUAUCCGAUUCAAAAUCUGGGGCGAGGGUGUCAAGCUCGAUGAUGCAAGUGCAUGUCUUUUGAAGGAUAAGGAUCCAUAUCUCUUAAGCGCCGUCGCGAAAAUCAUGGCCGAGAUCCUGAACAUUCAGGAGAAAGUCCUCAAGCACUUCAAUGACAAAUAUCAGCUACCCCCACUCCCAGACACACCAAAGAAUCCGGUGUUCAGUCUUCAGAGUGCUUGGAUUGCCCAAUUGCGGGCGGAGCGCACGAAAAUGAAAGUCAGGCAUCGUUGGAGCUGGGUGACGAGAGAGAAGGCGGAGUUGAAGGACUUGGUGGAUCGCCUCCACACCCAAAACAAUAUUCUACAAAGUCUCGCACCGUCCGUUUCGGAGGAGAGUCGCAUUGUCAAGGCAAUUAUGACUGAGCUAGACGAACGUCUCUCCCUAGCAUCCGUGCAUGGCCUGGACGGAACAGCUCAGGAGCUCAUCGCGCUGGGCAGGCAAAUCAAGGCGAUCCAGGAACAGGACAUGAGCACGGUGAAGCAGCAGGUAAAACAGAUCGACAAAUCCGAGCUCGACGUGUUAUCUCCUCCAGAUGCGGUGAGCGGCCGCUACACUGGCUCUUACGAGGUUGGUGGGAAGCCCCUGGAGCGGGUGUUGGUGGAGUGGAAAAGAAUCGACGCAGGCAAUGCCUUUGCGAAGGACAUUGUGGCACGGAUCCAGGUCCUUGGUGCUCUCCUAUCUACCAAAAACGCCCAUGAGUUUCAUCGUCUCACAUUCCUCGGGCUGUUCGACGACAAAGACUUCGAGCAUCGCAAACAGGGCCUCCGCCGAAUCGGGCUCGUCUACAGCAUCCCAACGCGUCCCAGCAACCCAAAUCCGCCUCGAAAUCUCCUGGAAUUGAUCAAACAAGAUGCAAAGAACCACACUCGGCCGGCUCUAGGCGACAGAUUCCACCUAGCACGCAAACUGGCGUCCGCCAUGUCGCUAUUCCACGUAGCCAACUGGUUGCACAAGUCAUUCCGCAGCGACAACAUCCUGUUUGGUUACGACGAGGACAUUACUAAGCCCUACAUCUCCGGCUUCCAGUACGGCCGCCCGGCGGCAGAUGCUUCUAUAGAGACGCGACCAGUUGGCGAUCCGAGCCUUGAUCUGUACUACCAUCCAGACGUGAUGAAUGGGUGGACCACGAUCAAGGAGAUAUACAGCUUGGGUAUUGUGCUUCUUGAAGUGGCUUACUGGAGGCCCAUGUUUGAAAAGAGCUUCCAGAACAUGACCAUGCAGCAAGUGUCAAACGAAAUUGUCACAUCUCUAAACGGAAAGUUUGGACGGGACUUGGCGGGUAUGGUGGGCACGGCCUACGUUGAUGUAGUCAAGUGCUGCUUAAAUGGGUCUCUGGGAGUACAAAGGGGCGACUCGCGUGAGGAAGCGAGAAUUCUCAGUAAACAAUUUUCUCUUUCGGUUAUUCAACCAUUGACUUCAUGUAAGGCUUAGCAAGAUAUAGUUGGCAAGUUGAUGACGUGACUAUGUAGUGUGGAGUUUUCAUCUACCAUCGGAUAAAAUGCAAUCAACGGCCUGUUUUCAACUAUGA